CUGGAUUCCGUCCCAGCAGAUCUGUUUUCUGCUCUGUAGCUUCCUGCAGUAACGCUGAGCAUCAUUAGGGGAACUCAGCUGCCAUUGGACUGUAUAUCAAAGCAAAGGCUUUGGAGAUCUUUUCAGUUAAAACAAUAAUGACUUUCUUGAAAUGUAAUCCCAGUGGAGCUUGUUUUCUGUGUUGCCUGGAAGAAUCCUUACCUACCAUCAACAGAUCUUCAGAGACCCCAUAAAAGCUUCUGUUCAUCAAGCAACUGAGUGACUCUUGAGUUAUUCACGGGGACCUUAAGAACUGUGGGUAUCAAUUUACCUGGAAAAUUCAACCACUGCCACUCAGGACUACUGCUGAAAUACCAUGUCUAAGAACUCUGAGUUCAUCAACCUGUCAUUUUUAUUAGAUCAUGAGAAGGAGAUGAUCCUGGGAGUCCUAAAGAGAGAUGAAUAUUUGAAAAAAGUAGAGGACAAGAGAAUAAGGAAGCUGAAGAAUGAACUCCUGGAAGCGAAACGCAGAAGUGGGAAGACUCAACAAGAGACCACCAGGGUCUGUGCCCACUGUCAGAGAAACCUGGGCUUGAUAUUCGAUCGGGGAGACCCGUGCCAGGCCUGCUCCCUCAGAGUGUGCAGCCAGUGCCGGGUCUCAGGCCUUGAUGGCAGCUGGCGGUGCACCAUCUGUGCGAGAGUCGCGCAGCUAAGGAUUGUAACUGGUGAGUGGUUUUUUGAAGAAAAGGCAAAGCGUUUCAAGCACGUCAAUGUUCUGGGCACUGAUGUUGUCCGACAGUCCAUCUUAAGAAGAAGUCCAGGAGAUGGAGAAAUACAAAGCCAAGAACAAACCCGCCAAAACACAGAAAAGUCAGAUGCUUUGCCUUCUGCUGGGCAGAAGGCCAGCCACGAUGGACCCAGGAGAAAGGGAUUUCUUCUUAGCAAGUUCAGAUCAGCAACCAGAGGAGAAAUCAUUACUCCCAAAACUGAAAGUGGGCGGAGCUACAGCUUGGACUUAGACAGCCACAAUUUUCGGAGUUUAAAGUCAGCGCCUGGUUCUGACAGGGGAAGCACUGGUUCAUCAGAUUUCAAUGAGCCAGAAGCUGGUCCUGGAACUCCGAAGAGUGUCCGGAGCAAUGGCAUGACCCCAGGCACUCCGAGGUCACCGGCCCCCAGCACCCGCAGCGUGACCUCAGUCAGCAGUCGAGAACGUGGUUUUGAAAAUUUCACCGAUUUGGCUGCCAUUGAAAGCACCUCUGAGGACCUCACAAAGACUCAUCGCCGAAAACCUUCCAGCACACCAUCCAUAGCAGUGUCCCGGGCCUCCCUCUCCUCAGACCGGAGUCGAUCUGAGUUAGAUUUGAGUGGGUCAUUUACAGAAGACUUAGAGGAUACUAUAAGCAUAAGGAGCAAAUCUGUCCCUGGAGCUUUGGACAAAGACUUGGAUUCCUUAGAAGAGAUGGAAGAUGGCAUUGAUGACUUAGUGUCCUCCCGGUUUUCUUCAAAUACCCACAGUCUAGCGAGUGGCCUGUCAACAACCAGCCUGAACAGCAUGAUGAGUGUUUACAGUGAGACAGGAGACUAUGGCAACGUGAAGGUCAGCGGGGAAAUCCUUUUGCACAUCAGCUACAGCUAUGAAACUGGCGGGCUCUACAUUUUUGUCAAGAACUGCAGAAAUCUGGCCAUAGGAGAUGAAAAGAAACAGAGGACAGAUGCUUAUGUCAAGUCAUAUCUUCUUCCUGACAAGUCCAGAAAUAACAAGCGCAAGACCAAAAUAAGAACAGGCACCAAUCCAGAAUUCAAUGAAACCCUAAAGUACACCAUCAGCCAUGCCCAGCUGGAAACGAAAACUCUGCAGCUCUCAGUCUGGCAUUAUGAUCGAUUUGGACGGAAUAGCUUCCUGGGGGAGGUGGAGAUUCCUUUUGACUCAUGGAACUUUGAAAAUCCAAGUGAUGAGUGGUUUGUGCUUCAACCCAAGGUGGAAUGUGCUGCUGAUAUUAGCCUUCAGUACAAAGGAGAGCUGACAGUCAUGUUACGUUACAUACCACCAGAAGAGAAACUGAUGCCUCCACUAGGACAAUUUCAAGGAAAGAAGACCUUUAAACGAGGAAAAAAGAAGGAUUCAUCUAUCGUCUCUGGAGGAAUCCUAGAAGUGUUCAUCAAAGAGGCAAAGAAUUUGACUGCGGUGAAAUCAGGAGGCACUUCUGAUAGCUUUGUGAAGGGCUACCUGCUCCCUGAUGAUAGCAAAGCCACCAAGCACAAAACUCUGGUAAUAAAAAAGAGUCUGAACCCUCAGUGGAAUCAUACUUUCGUGUUCAGUGGCCUGCAUCCCCAGGAUAUACAGCAUGUUUGCCUAGAACUUACCAUCUGGGACAAGGAGGCCUUUUCCAGCAACAUCUUUCUGGGAGGAGUUCGUUUGAAUUCUGGAAGCGGUGUGAGCCAUGGGAAGAACGUGGAUUGGAUGGACUCUCAAGGGGAAGAGCAGCGCCUCUGGCAGAAGAUGGCGGACAAUCCCGGAACUCCUGUAGAGGGCGUACUCAUGCUCCGUGCCAGCAUGGGGAAGAGCAAGCUCUGAAGGUACCAGCUCUCCAAAGUGAGGCCUCCCGGGACUGUCUGGUUGUUAUUUCCUACCAGUGGUAGGCUCACGACGUGGAGUCGGCUUCCUUGCCAUUUCUCACCUGAGCCUGUUGGGACAUAAGGGGAGAGACGUCAAUGUUAUGAAUAGCUAGGAUCUUGCCAGCUGUCUUAUAAAAGCAUGUACUCUCUAUGUCCACAGGCUAGGGCUUUUUUGACUGGAUGAUAAAAAGUAUGCCACAUGGUCCUGUUAACAAACGCAUUGUGCAGUAACUCAUGGGCUUUAUCGCAUAGGGGAAAUGGCAUAUGUUUAUUUGAAACUACAGUUGAGAUUGGGAGUCCCCCAGCUUCUUCUAAUUGUGAGUGACUUUAGGUUUUCUCAAGGUUGAAGGGAAAAGGGAACCACUUGGAACGUAGGCCUCUUGUAGAGUAAGAAGGGAUACUGGCUACCCUUUCCUCACCCCGGAAUCCCCAUGAGCCAAAGAAGGCACUGUGGGCAUGGUUGCUCGGGAAAGAGGGUGGUCCUGUUGUUGUAGCUAACUUGUGGAUUAGCUGGGUGAAUUUUCAAGAUGAACUGAGGUUUUUAUUUUUGUGGUGACUGUGUAAUUGAUACUCUAAGUCAUCCCAUUUUGGGGAGUGAAGAGACCUAAAUCAUUAUACCAGGACAUCAGAUGUAAACCAGGACUGACCUGGGAAAACUGGGCUGUAGGGUCACCCUUAUUAUGACCUAGCUAUUGAGAGAGCUGUGUUGUAAACAUUUAUAAAAUGUUCUAAGCCAUUAACUAAAAGGGAAUAAGAAGCAAUGCACAUUUUUGAGCCCCUACUUGUAUUACAUCUGCUAUAUCCUGUUGCUCAAAGGAAGUCACAUGGCCAAGCCCCAAAUCAAGAGGUAGGGAAAUAUACUCUGCUCACACUGGAGCCAUGGCAAGAGUGAGGGUGCUGGAAGAGAUGAAGGAUUGUGGCCAAUAGUUCCAUCCCACCUCUGUCACUUGGAAAUGCAGAGGCUUUAGCCACCAAACUUAGAUGCAAAGGGAGUUAAUGCUGACAAGGGACCCUGGACCUGUUCCUCAUUUUGCACAGUCCAAAUCUGAAGCCCAUAGAGCAAAGAUAACUUGCCUAAGAUCAUAUAAAAUCUGUGAGUGUAUCUGGACUUAAAUACAGGGUGUAACUUCUAAGCCAGUGUUCUGUCGACUGUGGUCUUCCACUUGGCAUGAUCCUAUGCUAAUCGUGAUGGGCAAGAGCACAUAGAUGGCGGGAGGUGGAGUCAAGUCCAAAUGUUUGUAUAUGAAUAUACUUGACAGUCUUCUUCUGGAGUCAUAUUCUAGCCUCUCAGCUCAUUUUUUCACUUGAAUUCAUGUAAAAUUCCUUAAAAGGGUGGAUACUGAAUUUUAGUAGUAGGAAAGCUAGAAUCAUCUUCAGGUAGCUAAUUCUUCCAUAUUCGAAAUUUCUUUUUGAAUUUUGAAAACAGAUUUAAGAAUAUAUUUACCAUUAUUCUUAGUAAGGUGAAUAGCAAUCCAUAUUGACUGUUAUUCAGAAAUAGGCUAUCCAGUUCUAGGAAAUGGAAGUUAUUAGUUUAGUGUAGCUUAGUGCAUAUGAUACAAUUUUUUAAACUCACACCUGUAUCUCUAUGUUGCCCUUCUUAAAAACAGAAAACAAAAACUGUACGAUCAUCACUACUUCCUAUAUUGGAAGAAUAAAUGUCUUCAGACUUGA